AUGACUUUAGAUCUCAGAGCCAAGGGAAAUGCACAGGGCCAACGUAUUGCUGCUGGUGAUGGAAGGAAGAGAAAAAGAGAUGGAACGUCAAAUUUGCACUCAAAUUCAGUACCCAAGAAAAGAAAGGGAAAUUCAAUUGAUUUUGUUCCAGACAAUCCAACAGAAGGCCAAAAGAUUACUGAAAACAAGCGGAUCCUCGAUGAGUUUCGCAUCAAGUUCCACGAACGGAAGUACUGCCCAGAGCGUCCGGGAAAUGUUCCAGAAGAACAUCAGACAAAGUUCCAGCACAUUCAACAAUUAGGCCAGAUGAUUUACGAGUCAUAUGCAGUACAGCCUCGACCGGAUAUCACCAAUAAGCCAUGGGAGCUUGAAAACAAGACACGGGCAACGCGCGUAAGCCAGGUGGCUGUUGAAUCGAGAAGCACGAACGUGAACGAAGAUACCUGGCGGAUGGCGCUUGAAAAUCGCAUCUUUGAAAGAUUUGAAAUCGAAGUUGCAUGCCAGCAGUGCCGCAAACGUCGGUGGCAAUCCCUUGUCGAGGUAAACUCGACAGAAAGUAACAGUCGAACAAAGAACCUCGCGGAGCGUCAAAAACAUCGUUCAGUAUGCGAAUGUGAGCCAUUUUCAAAACAGUAUAGCAUUUUGCCCACAGGGCUGACUGACAUUUUUACCACUCGCAUUGGCGAGCGAAGCGUAAUCCAGAAUGACCCCGAAAAUCAUCGUCAGAUAGAGAUGCAACCUGAUCGAAUCUACGGGCUGAAAACUACAGAUGCCAUUGAGAAGAUCUUGGAGCGACCACAUAAUUCCUACCUAGGAAAAGACCCUGAGAUCGAUGAACUGCUCAACAGAUUGACUAUCAGCUGUAACCCAGAUAGUGGUGGGCGAGCCUCCAUCUACCCAUUCUUAGUAAUGGAAGCCAAAAGCCUCAAAAGCAACAGCGACUUUCGGAAAAUUGAGAUACAAACGGCAGUACCGAUACGGAAUCAUCUGUACCUACAGCUGAAGCUCCAAGAAGAUGAAUUCAAUAGAAUGCCGAUACCAGGGGGCCCAUUAUCUUGGUUUCUUGCGUACGUUGGUGAGAUGUGGAGGGUAUACGGAUGUUACGUCACAAAGUCUGGCCCAGACGAUCUGCCCUAUUAUAACAUCGUACUCCUGUGGGAAGGGAGUAUUACUGGCUAUGACGAAGCACUUCAACUGGUUCUAAUUAUGGACUACAUCGUUGAUUGGGCCCGUGAUAUCUUCCGUCCCAGUAUCAUAAGGCAACUUAUGUCUGUGGUAGAUAAAGGCUCGCGAUCAUCCUACACAAUCAUCGAAGAACCCGACAUUCUUUCAAUACCGGGUUACGCAAACUCUUGGUGUGGCGACAGACUUGACGGUACUAUUACCGGAGCUGAGACAAUUGGGGUGCCCAACCAACCGGCCUUCGAUGCAAUGGACUCCACCAUUGAAUCUUCUUUCCAACCCCUCUUUGAGACCACCGGAGAACAUGUCGAUUUCAGGGUCUGGGAAUGCGCCAAGUAUGAGGCGCGAGUACGAGGGCUGUACAUCACCGGAAACGACACUGCUGCCAAUGAACAUCUGGCGUACUCGUGCUACCGAAGGUUGAAAACGGUUUAUAUGAGUCGUUGCUGGUUUCUUUUACCACACGCCCAGGACGUCAAGACUAUCGAACAGGCUUGGACAGGGAGCCAAGAGAUCAAAGACGUGCAAGAUAUGUCGCCACAGAGAAUCCUGAUUUCGCUCUAUGUGCAGUACCGCAAAGAUGGUGGUGGCAUGCCCGUACGAGAAUUGACGUAUCUUGCUCUCACUGAAUCAGCCGCCAAGAAAGUUUGGGCCCUGAAAAAUAUAUUGGAGCAAAAUAAGCUGAUCGCUUCGGCUGACGAACUCGGGCUCAAGCUGCGCGAAGCCUGGGCUUCGAGCAACGAGAAUUACUUCCAGCGUUACGCCACCAGCCAAACCAGCGUACUUUGUGCCACCGCAUCUGACUUUGAUAGGCUGUCAGAUCGUGUCGUCCUUGGUUUCCAUGACAGUCGCGAUGCCACGAACUAUGCCAGAAGACUCAACACUUUUAUCCAGAACACUUGUGAGAAACCGCGAGCGCAGCUUUACAAAAUUUACGCACCAUGUUUCCGAUACACCAAGACCAUUCAUUCGCUUACCGUGGAGCCUCAUUCUUCCAUAGACCCCACCCAAGCUUGUGUUUUCGUAAACACAGAAGCGAUGCUCACUGGAAUAUGCGCCUAUAUUACAAAACCAGCAUCUGAAGAAGUCAACGACGAAUGGGUAAUCCGGCAUCUAGUUCAGAUGGUACUGGCCCUUUGGGAUUACACAGUGUUAGAUGAGGAAAAGUUUUUCUAUACAGAAAGGUUCCCUGAGAGCAAAAUCCUACUCUGGAUCGUGUCAGAUCCUCAAUGGAAUUCGUACAUUUCGAUCAAGUCUACUCUGACGAUGCCUGGUAUGAACAAUGUUCAUGAAAGUUUAACAUGGUUUCGCAAAGUGUUGCUCAGACAUAAGUGUGGAACAGGUACUUUUGGGAGAACCUACCGAGAAGGUUACAGAAACAUCCAGUACGACAUUAUGGAAGCUUGCAAGAAGUGUGAUUUCAAGUACAGCCAUGAUCGACAUUCACAAAAUUUUGAAUUUUGUGACGAAGACUUUAUGCCAGAAUGA